GUUUCUGGGAAUGGCAAUUAAAGUAUUUUACAGAAACCAAUGCAACUUACCAGUUCUCUCCUCUGGGUGUUAAUGGAGUUUCCUUAUUUAAGUUGAAAAACUUGACCGUUGGGCAUAAAUAAGAGCAAGAGGAGAAAGUGGGAGUGAAAUCUGAUAAACGCAGCCAUGCCUAGACACCCUCAAAGCCACCACAACAAUGCCCAAAAAUCCCCUGCUAUCUCGCUCUAUGAACUCUCCAGGGAGCAGAGAAUCAAAGAGAACCUUCAGAAAAUGCAAAAGCUUGGCCUUGGUGACCUCUCUCAGAAGCUCAAGUCUCUUACUACUCCUAAACGUACUCCUAGAAACACAACUAUCUGUCAUUCAACGAUAAGCACUGGACCCGUCCGUCGCUCUUCCAGGUUGCAAAAUGUGACACCGGUUAGCUACUCUGAAGUGGUGUUGUCAAAGAAGGAUGGGAAUUUGGAGGACGAGGAUAUUAAGUUAAGAGAGGGUCCAAAGCCAGAAGUUUAUACAGAAGAGCAUGAGAAGCUAUUAGGUAACACUGAGAGAAGCUGGACGUGUUUCGUGGAUGGGUAUGGAGAAGAUGGAAAGAGAAUUUAUGAUCCAGUGAAUGGAAAAACUUGCCAUCAAUGCAGGCAGAAAACUCUCGGUCAUCGUACUCACUGCUGCGAAUGCAACAAGGUCCAAGGACAGUUCUGUGGAGACUGUUUGUACAUGAGAUAUGGAGAGCAUGUACUUGAAGCCAAAGAGAAUCCAAAUUGGGUUUGCCCUGUAUGUCGUGGCAUAUGCAACUGCAGUUUGUGUAGACAGGAGAGAGGAUGGUGUCCUACUGGUGCUCUUUACAAGAAGAUUUCAAGUAUGGGCUACAAAUCUGUUGCACACUAUCUUAUUCAGACUCGAUGCUCACAAACAAAUUUGGAAAAGGAUCCAGAAAAUGAAAAUCAAAUUUCGGCAAGGAGACCUCUUUUGUUUCCAAAUAAAUCAGAGGAAUCUCUGCAGGCUGGUGAAAAUCUUCUUGGAACAGCCAGUCUUCUAGCUGAAGACAGCAAAAAGGAGGAUGAUGUGAAUGUUGAAAAACACAACAAAAUGCAAAGCAGUCUGAUCUCUGCAAAGAGAUCAUUGCCCUUUUUGGAUUCUGAAGAAGAGUCUUUGAAGGACAGUGUCUCUGAGUUCCAAGAAGAAGACAAUGCAUACGAGGGUAUUAAAGGUGAGCAAGAAAGGAAAUUGCAUACCACUGAUGAAGAUAAUGAUACCAACAAUAUUGCAUUGAAAAAUUGCACCAAACCCAAAAGGAAACACGAUGCCAUUGAGCCAAGCCUGGACAGUAUUGAUGGCAGAUUCAACAGCUGUGAAGAAAUGGAUUCAACAGCUGUGAACAGAAAAAUUUUGGAUGUUAAUCAGGCUGUGAACAACAUUUUGUCAGAGGAAGAAUUGGAGAAACAGAAGGAAAUGCAAAUUGAUGGUAACCACGGCAGUCCAAAGCUUAAGAGCAAACCUGUUGAAAGUGAAGACCGAGAUUGUGUAUGGUUGCCAGAUGUGAAUGAUAAAUCAUCUAACAUUAAGUCAGCUGUUAAUGAUAUCUUAUCGGAAAAGGAAGGAGAAAUUAACACGAAGAAAGCAAAGUCCAGAGCACCUAUUGCAGACAGUAUUGCUGGAAGAUUGAGGUCUAGGAUCAAAGCAGAAUGAAGGUGGAGGUUAACUUGUUUUGUUGAUGGCAACACUUUUGUCAAAAUCCCAUUGCUACUAACAUGUAGUGAUUAGGGGUUCGAUGUUUGAAUUUUGUCUUCAAGACUGGCCAUACUAAACUCAAUUUUGUUGCCAUUAAUUUGGAUAGAAAAUUGACUUGCAGGAAUGACAAGUGAAGUUAUUGCUACUA